GGCCCAGGGGGAGGGACGCGGAGACGGCGGCCGCUGCAACCGCGCAGCGCUCGGGAGCGCGCCCCGCAUCCUGGUGCCGGCCCGCGCGUCUGAGCUCGCCGUGCAGUCCGCGGAUGAGACAGAAGAAUAAGUGAAAAGAGAUUGAUAACAAAAGUUUAGCAAAAAAAAGACACACGUGACCAUCAGGGACCAUGAACAACCCAUUUGCACACCUUGCUGAGCCUUUGGAUCCUGCACAACCAGAAAAGAAAUUCUUCAAUUUGAAUAAAUUGGAGGAUACAAGAUAUGAACGCUUACCAUUUUCUAUCAGAGUUCUUCUGGAGGCAGCCAUUCGGAACUGUGAUCAAUUUUUGGUGAAGAAAAAUGACAUUGAAAAUAUCCUGAAUUGGAAUGUCAUGCAGCAUAAGAACAUAGAGGUGCCAUUUAAGCCUGCCCGGGUCAUCCUGCAGGACUUUACGGGUGUACCAGCUGUGGUUGACUUUGCUGCAAUGCGUGAUGCUGUGAAAAAGUUAGGAGGAGAUCCAGAGAAAAUAAACCCUAUAUGUCCUGCUGAUCUUGUAAUUGAUCAUUCCAUCCAGGUUGAUUUCAACAGAAGGGCAGACAGUUUACAGAAGAAUCAAGACCUGGAAUUUGAAAGAAAUAGAGAACGAUUUGAAUUUCUAAAGUGGGGUUCUCAGGCUUUUCGCAACAUGCGGAUUAUUCCCCCUGGCUCAGGAAUCAUCCACCAGGUGAAUCUGGAGUAUUUGGCAAGAGUGGUGUUUGAUCAGGAUGGAUAUUAUUAUCCAGACAGCCUCGUGGGCACGGACUCGCACACUACCAUGAUUGACGGUUUGGGGGUCCUUGGCUGGGGUGUGGGUGGUAUUGAAGCAGAAGCUGUCAUGCUGGGCCAGCCAAUCAGCAUGGUGCUUCCCCAGGUGAUUGGCUACAGGCUCCUGGGGAAUCCCUGCCCUCUGGUGACAUCCACCGACAUCGUGCUAACCAUCACCAAGCACCUCCGCCAGGUUGGGGUAGUGGGCAAAUUUGUCGAGUUCUUCGGGCCUGGAGUAGCCCAGUUGUCUAUUGCUGACCGAGCUACGAUUGCGAACAUGUGUCCAGAAUAUGGAGCAACUGCUGCCUUUUUCCCAGUUGAUGAAGUUAGUAUCAAGUACCUGGUGCAGACAGGUCGUGAUAAAGAAAAAAUAAAGCAUAUAAAAAGGUAUCUUCAGGCUGUAGGAAUGUUUCGGGAUUUCAGUGACCCCUCUCAAGACCCAGACUUUGCCCAGGUCGUGGAAUUAGAUUUGAAAACAGUAGUGCCCUGCUGCAGUGGACCCAAAAGGCCUCAGGACAAAGUCGCUGUGUCUGACAUGAAAAAGGACUUUGAGAGCUGCCUUGGAGCCACGCAAGGGUUUAAAGGAUUCCAAGUUGCUCCAGACCGUCGUGACGACCAUAAGACAUUUAUCUAUAAUAACAGCAAAUUCACCCUUGCUCAUGGUUCUGUGGUAAUUGCUGCUAUUACUAGCUGUACAAACACGAGUAAUCCAUCUGUAAUGUUAGGAGCAGGAUUGUUAGCAAAGAAAGCUGUGGAUGCUGGUCUGAGCGUGAAACCUUACAUCAAAACCAGCCUGUCUCCUGGGAGUGGUGUGGUCACCUACUACCUGCGAGAAAGCGGAGUCAUGCCUUAUUUGUCUCAGCUUGGGUUUGAUGUGGUGGGCUAUGGCUGCAUGACCUGCAUUGGCAACAGCGGGCCCUUACCUGAAUCUGUGGUAGAAGCCAUCACGCAGGGAGACCUCGUAGCUGUUGGAGUACUAUCUGGGAACAGGAAUUUUGAAGGUCGAGUCCACCCCAAUACCCGGGCCAACUAUUUAGCCUCUCCACCCUUAGUAAUAGCAUAUGCAGUUGCUGGGACCAUCAGGAUCGACUUUGAGAAAGAGCCACUAGGGGUAAAUGCAAAGGGACAACAGGUGUUUCUGAAAGAUAUCUGGCCAACAAGAGAUGAGAUCCAGGCAGUGGAGCGUCAGUACGUCAUUCCUGGGAUGUUUAAGGAGGUCUAUCAGAAAAUAGAGACUGUGAAUGAAAGCUGGAAUGCCUUAGCAGCCCCAUCAGAUAAGCUGUAUUGUUGGAAUCCCAAAUCUACGUACAUUAAAUCACCACCAUUCUUUGAAAACCUGACGUUGGAUCUGCAGCCCCCUAAAUCUAUAGUGGAUGCCUAUGUACUAUUAAGUUUGGGAGAUUCAGUAACAACUGACCACAUUUCUCCGGCUGGAAAUAUUGCAAGAAACAGCCCUGCUGCUCGCUACUUAACCAACAGAGGCCUGACUCCGCGGGAAUUCAACUCCUAUGGCUCUCGCCGAGGUAAUGACGCCAUCAUGGCAAGGGGGACAUUUGCCAACAUUCGCUUAUUAAACAAAUUUUUGAAGAAGCAGGCACCACAGACUAUACAUCUGCCUUCUGGAGAAACUCUUGAUGUAUUUGAUGCCGCUGAGCGGUACCAGCAGGCAGGCCUUCCCCUGAUCAUUCUGGCUGGCAAAGAGUAUGGCUCAGGUAGCUCCCGAGACUGGGCAGCCAAGGGCCCUUUCCUCCUGGGAAUCAAAGCUGUCCUGGCUGAGAGUUACGAGCGCAUUCACCGCAGCAACUUGGUCGGAAUGGGGGUGAUUCCCCUGGAAUAUCUCCCUGGGGAGGAUGCAGACAUGCUGGGACUCACAGGGCAGGAACGAUACACCAUCAUCAUUCCAGAAAACCUCACACCACGAAUGCAAGUCCAGGUCAAGCUGGAUACUGGAAAGACCUUCCAGGCUGUCACGAGGUUUGACACUGAUGUGGAGCUUGCGUAUUUCCACAACGGGGGCAUCCUCAACUACAUGAUCCGCAAGAUGGCCAAGUAGGCCCUCAUUUUUUAGGAGACCUGCACUUUGAGCUGCACUGGGGAGGAAGCACAGGGCCACCAGCGAGCUGGGCCUCUGGUGCAGAUGUAUCCCCCCAUUGCCUCCGUGCAGGGGCGCUGCCUUGCAGAUGGAGUGUGUGAGCACUGGAGUUGAGGUGCCAUGCCUCCAGACAGAAAAUCAGCAGUUUCUACAUUCUCUAUUUUUGUUAGUCUUUCUUUUUCUAGAAUUUGGAAGCCAAAAUGGUGGAAUGUCAGUAGUGCCACUAAGUGAGAACUGAGCUUAUCUUUAAAGUUACUGAUCACAGAAUGUUGAUUUUUCACUCUUGGCCUCUAAAUGUUCAGCCAAACACAAGUAAGUUUUCUUAAAAGGUGUCUCCCGUCCACUUUUUGUUUAUCUGUUAUCGUCAGCUCAGUGAAACCUUUCCCUUGAGGGUCAAAGCCUUUCAUAUUAUACCAGUGUUAAUGGACAUAGGUAGAUAAGAACUUUUCACAUUUCAAAUCGUAGUGGUGAUUGUGAUUCUCCCCCCCUCCUUCCUUUUCCUUCAGAAUGAAUGAUCCAUACGAUUGGUGGACAGGUCAAACACUGAAAUUUUUUGAUUAUGUAACUUUUGAUGGAUCAACACUAAAGAAAUGUUACGUGUUCCUUCACUAUCUUCAGAAAUUUUCCCCAGAAAAAAUUUUCAUUUGUCAAAAGAGAACUUUGGAGGUGGUUCUGGAGAAAGACAGAACACUUCUAAUUUUAGUAAGCUUAAAUCUAUUUUCAAGGAAAACUUCUUGACUUGGGAAUUGAAUUCUGCUGUGUGUGAGGCUAUAGUUUUGAGAUAUUUAAAGCAGAGCAAAUCUCAGACUGUACCAUCCUGAAGCCUGGAUGACCUUCAAGUUCUCCUGUUUCUAUAACCAUAUCUGUAUUACUCUGGUGAUACGGAAGAGCUGAGGAACUCAUGUUUCCCGCCCUGUUUGGGAACAGACAUAAAGGUAGCAGUAGCAAUAAUCUAAGUAUGGUGAGCAGAACACAGUUUUUUGAUUUUCAUGUCCUAUUAUUUAUCUGCUCAUUUUCAUCACUGAAGUCAUUUCAGGGCACAUGUCUUAAUCUGCUCUGGUUGUUAUAACAAAAUAUCAUAGACUGGUGGCUCAGACAUCAAAACUUUAUCCUGUCAUAGUUCUGGAGGCUAGAAUUCCAAAAUCAAGGUUUUAGCCAAUUCAUUUUCUGGUGAGAGCUCUCUUCCUGGUUUGUAAAUAGAUGGCUACAUUCUUGCUGUGACACAUGGCGUUUCCUAGUGCAUGAGCACAGAAAGAACUAGCUCUCUGGUGUCUCUUCAUAUAGGGGCAUUAAUCUUAUCAUAUCAGGGCCCCAAUCUUAUGACCUCAUUUAAGGUUAAUUACUUUCUUAGAGGUCCCAUCUCCAAAGAGGCAACAGAGGUGUUAGGGUUGGUUUCAACAUAUAAAUUUGGGGGGUGGGGACACAAAUAAACAUUCAGUCCAUUACAGGGCACCUUAUAGCUUACAAUCUCCUUGUAUUGAAUUCUAAAUCUCAAGUUUAGCAGUCAGGGGAUGUGGCCCGGUUAUCAGAACACCUAGAACUGAGUCCUGUCUCUGAUUCUUCCCAGAAAAAGAAACAAGACUGGUUAUUGAGCAACCCUGCCUCUGAGGUUCUGGGUUGUAGCUUGCGUUCACAAAUAAAAACUACAAACAGAACCCUGUUGUACAAAAAAUAAAAAAUAAAAAAACCUGACACCCUCAAAUCCAGAUCAGUUCUAACUUAUGUAAUAACACUUAAGCUGAGAAAAUAGACUGUCAGCCCCAUUACUGACCAUCUGGGGAGCUGUCUAGUCCCUGCUUUCAGUGGCUUGGGGAGACAGAUUCUUCUGGCUGUGACUUCUGGAAUGAGGUUCCUUCACACAUGGACUGCCUUCCUCUCCCAACAAAUAAACCCUCUAUCCUGUUCAUUAAUGAA